AUGGAGGACGUGCUGCAGUACAGCCAGAGGGACCUGGGGAGGGCAGUGGAAGUGACACCACAGGGGACCCUGCUGCUGAAGAGCAGGUGUAGAGAGCUCCACAUGAAGAACCUGCCGAUGGAUAAGAUCAUGGAUGGAUUUGAGGAGAUUGUGUCCCAAGCAAUGGAGGAGGCUCUGAAAAAGAAGGAACCUGCCAAAGCCACAAACCAGAAGUUUGAGAAGCAGAAGGAGGUAACUGAAGGCUACUGCAAGAAUGACGAAUCGCUGAACCCUCCUCCCGCCGCCCCGGCCGCUGUCCAGCCCCUCCAUGGGGUUUGCCCGGCGCCUUGCACCUGGCUGCCCGAAAAUGCGCUGCAGAAACCCGAGAGCGGGGGUCCCCCCAUCCUUCAGGCUGAGACGGCGAGCCCUGACCGCCUCGCUGGAGGAGACCCCGGGCCCCCACCUGCAGGGGAACCUUGGCGCCUCGAGGCGGGGCGGGGGGCAGCGGAGCCCGCCCUCACCCGAGAAGGCGCGAGGCUCUUAGCAGCCCAAGCUCCGGCCCGGCGAUCGAGGGUGGCGGAGUCGGUGCGGUGCCUGCUGGUGAAGGACGAAAAGAAGAGCCCCCUCCCUCGCUCCGAGAUGGCGAAAUAUGUUCUCGGAGACUUAGAGGCUCUUUUCCCUGAGAUCAUCGCUACCGCAGGGCAUCUGCGGUAUGCCUUUGGUUUUGAGCUGAAACAGCUGGGCCUCAAGCACCACACUGCCUUGAUCAACAAACUAAAACCUCUGGAGGAGGAGGAGGAGGAGGGAGAGGAAGAGGAGGAGGACCUGAGAGCAGGUGGCCCCAGAUUGGGUCUCUUAAUGAUGGUCUUGGGCUUUAUCCACAUGAAUCAAGGUAAUAGCGCCAGGGAGGCACAGGUCUGGGAGAUGCUGCGUCGGUGGGGGGUGGGGUGUGUCCCUCAAAGGAUGCCGAUACAUCUCUACCUCUUUGGGCACCCGAAGAGGCUUAUUAUGGAAGAGUUCGUGCAGCAGCAAUACCUCAAUUACAGGCAGGUGCCUCACACCAAUCCACUAGAUGGUUCCUUCUCUUGGGUCCCUAAGAAACCUGGAAAAUUGAAAAUCUUGGGCUUUAUGGCCAAGCUCCAUGCAAAGGCACCCCAGCACUGGCAAGUGCAGUACCAUGAGGCCUUGGCAGGUAAGGUCAACAGGGUCCGAGCCGAGGCCAGUAUGAGGGUUAGGGUUAGGGUUAGGGUUAGGGCCAGAGCCAAUGCUAGGGCUGGCAUCCACCCCCCCUCUCCCCCUCCCUCCCCGCCUGAGGGCUGA